AAGUAACCCACGCGUCUUUCCGCUCCCACCACCUUCUAUCCCCAAAUACGAACCCCAGGAGACGUCAGUUUUCUGAGAAGAACGCAUAGCCCAGCCUCUCCACAUCCGAAUCGCAAGGAAGACCCUUGCACAACGUCAAGAUGCAGGCUCCAGUGGUGGUUAUGAACACUGGCGGGAACAACGAUAGGCAGACCGGUCGCAAAGCUCAGCUCUCGAAUAUCACAGCCGCGAAAACAGUUGCGGAUAUCAUCAGAUCAUGUCUCGGACCCAAGGCUAUGCUGAAGAUGUUGCUCGAUCCCAUGGGCGGAAUCGUGCUGACGAACGAUGGCCACGCCAUUCUCAGAGAGAUCGAGGUUUCACAUCCGGCGGCGAAGAGCAUGAUUGAGCUUAGCAGAACACAGGACGAGGAAGUUGGAGAUGGAACGACCACAGUUAUUAUUCUUGCUGGUGAGAUCCUCGCACAAGCUGUCCCGCAGCUCGAACGCAAUAUACACCCCGUCGUCAUCAUCUCCGCUUUCAAGCGUGCUCUCGCAGACGCCAUCCUGAUUAUCGAGGAGAUCUCUCUCCCCGUCGACAUCGAUGACGACGAGGCCAUGUACAAGUUAAUAUCCUCCUCCAUCGGCACCAAGUUCGUCUCGCGCUGGUCCGAACUCAUGUGCAACCUCGCCCUCAAGGCCGUGCGCACCGUCACCCACGAGAUCGGCAACGGCAAGAAGGAGGUAGACAUCAAGCGCUACGCGCGCGUUGAGAAGGUGCCCGGAGGCGAGAUCGAGGACUCGCGGGUGCUGGACGGCGUCAUGCUGAACAAGGACAUCACACACCCCAAGAUGCGUCGCCGGAUAGAGAACCCGCGCAUCGUGCUGCUGGACUGCUCGCUCGAGUACAAGAAGGGCGAGUCGCAGACCAACAUCGAGAUCAGCAAGGAGGAGGACUGGAACCGCAUCCUCCAGAUCGAGGAGGAGCAGGUCAAGGCCAUGUGCGAUGCCGUGCUGGCCCUCAAGCCCGACCUCGUCAUCACCGAGAAGGGCGUCUCGGAUCUCGCGCAGCACUACCUCCUCAAGGGCAACGUGACCGCCCUCCGCCGUGUGCGCAAGAGCGAUAACAACCGUAUUGCCCGCGCCACCGGCGCCACGAUUGUGAACCGCGUCGACGACCUGAUUGAGGAGGACGUUGGUCUUCUGUGCGGCCUCUUCGAGAUCGAGAAGAUCGGCGACGAGUACUUCACCUUCCUGACUAAGUGCCGCGAGCCAAAGGCCUGCACCAUCCUCCUCCGCGGACCGUCAAAGGACAUCCUCAACGAGAUCGACCGUAACCUCGCGGACGCCAUGGCCGUCGCGCGUAACGUCAUGUUCCACCCGCGCCUGGCGCCCGGUGGUGGCGCGACCGAGAUGGCGAUUAGUGUCCGUCUGGGUCAGCUGGCGAAGGGCGUCGAGGGCGUGCAGCAGUGGCCGUAUCGCGCGGUUGCGGAUGCGAUGGAGGUUAUCCCCCGCACGCUCGUGCAGAACGCUGGUCAGAGCCCCGUGAGGGUGCUGACGGAGUUGAGGGCGAAGCAGGCGGAGGGAGGAAGCAGCUGGGGUAUUGAUGGUGAGACGGGUAAGCUGGUUGAUAUGAAGGAGUAUGGUGUUUGGGAGCCGGAGGCGGUGAAGCUCCAGAGUAUUAAGACGGCUAUUGAGUCGGCUUGUCUGUUACUGCGCGUGGACGACAUCUGCAGCGCCAAGGCAGCGAGGAUGGGUGGACCUGCUGGUGGAGGUGGUGGAGAGGAGUAAAGAAAUAGGAGAAAGCAAAAUAGAGAAAAAAUGGUUAUGUAUGAAAAGCCGAUGAUCUUAUAGAGCGCGCGCCCAUGUAAACAUAAUGGAAGGUCUCAAAGAAGUGGAUGGGCUGUGGAUUGCAAUACGAUGA